UCUGCAUUAACAAAUGGAUCAAAAGCCCAGGUCACGUUGUGACCUCCAUGGCCCAGGGAGGAAACAGAUCGAGUUUCCAGUUUCCUUCAUUUGGAAAUUAGGACCUAGGAAUCGUGAAGUCCGUGGCUUUUCGCAAACAUUAAAUCAGACACAAACAGAUUCCCCAUCCCCUAAUCCUGUGUCACCAGUGCCUUUGAAUAACCCAACAAGUGGCCCAAGAUAUGGAACUGUGAUACCCAAUCGAAUCUUUGUAGGAGGAAUUGACUUUAAGACAAAUGAAAAUGAUCUGAGAAAAUUUUUUUCCCAAUAUGGGUCUGUAAAAGAAGUGAAGAUAGUAAAUGACAGAGCUGGAGUGUCUAAAGGGUAUGGUUUUGUCACUUUUGAAACACAAGAAGAUGCACAAAAAAUUCUGCAAGAGGCUGAAAAACUUAAUUAUAAAGAUAAGAAACUAAACAUUGGUCCAGCAAUAAGAAAACAACAAGUAGGGGUCUCUCGUUCUAGUGUAAUGCCAGCUGCUGGAACUAUGUAUCUAACCACUUCAACAGGAUACCCUUACACUUACCAUAAUGGUGUGGCUUAUUUUCAUACUCCAGAGGUCACUUCUGUUCCACCACCUUGGCCUUCACGUGCCAUAUGUAGUUCUCCUGUGAUGGUAGCUCAGCCUGUUUAUCAGCAACCUGCAUAUCACUACCAGGCCCCAACACAAUGUCUACCAGGACAGUGGCAGUGGGGUGUUCCUCAGUCUCCUGCCUCUUCUACUCCAUUCUUAUACCUACAACCUUCUGAGGUAAUUUAUCAACCCAUGGAGAUUGCACAAGAUGGUGGAUGUGUUCCUCCUCCACUAUCUCUGAUGGAAGCAUCUGUUCCAGAGCCUUAUUCUGAUCAUGGAGUUCAAGCAACAUAUCAUCAGGUUUAUGCUCCAAGUGCCAUUGCUAUGCCUGCGCCUGUGAUGCAGACUGAAGCAAUUAAAACAGUGUGGAGCAUUCAUUAUUAAGACAACUGGGUGGCUGUCGUCCGACUCGACUGAUUUCUUGUCCAGUGCUC